AUGGGACUCGGCAUACAUCUGUAUAAUAUGGCUAUGCGCGCACUCGCGGAAAGGGAUAAGAAGGCCAUGUCUAUCGCCCUUGCACAUAAUAUAGGAAGCAUUUUAUUCAGGACCAUAUACUACAGCUGCCGAUUCCCUGGCGACAUUUCUAGUCCGUCCGAGUUAUGGGAUUUUCUAGCGGAAGAGCGUUCAGCAGCUGGCAAAGUACCCAAGUCACGGUUUAACGUUGACAGCUUUCACGGGAGCAAGGAUGAGCCGUCCACCACAGUAGCAUUGGGUGGGUGCUUCCUGCAGGAAGACAUUCGAAACUUUGACAACCAGUUCUUUGGCAUCCACAACCGGGAAGCUGCGGAUAUGGAUCCACAGCAGCGGAAGCUGCUUGAAGUUGUCUUUGAGAGCUUCGAAAGCGCUGGAGUUACUCUGGACGAUGUGUCGGGUGCGAAUGUGGGGUGUUAUGUCGCUUCAUUCACGCCGGAUUUUAUCGCCAUGCAGACCAAAGAUGUGGAGAACAUGACCAGAUUCACUCACCUGGGUAUGGGAGCAACACUCCUCGGAAACAGAAUCAGCCAUGUGUUUAACAUGAAAGGGCCGAGUUGCGUGGUAGACACGGCAUGCUCUUCGUCCUUCUACGCAUUACAUAUGGCCUGUUCUGCUUUGGAAAACGGCGAGUGUGAUGCCGCCGUGGUGGCUGGUGUCAAUCUUAUUCAGACUCCAGAGGUGCACGUUGGGACCUCACUGGGUGGUGUUCUUUCACCGGCUUCAAAGUGUCAAACGUUUGAUUCUUCCGCUGAUGGGUACGCUCGAGCCGAUGGCGUCGGUGCGCUCUAUAUCAAGCGACUGGACGAUGCCAUCCGUGAUAAGGAUGCGAUUCGUUCCAUCAUCCGCUCAACCGCAGUGAACAGCAACGGCCGAACACCGGGCAUCUCACAGCCUAGUGUUGAUGGACAGGAGGCGGUUAUCCGCAAGGCCUAUGCUCGUGCCGGACUGAAUCCAAGAGAAACUGCCUACGUCGAGGUCCAUGGUACUGGCACAAGUGUCGGAGACCCGAUUGAAGUUGAAGGACUUUCUCGUGUAUUCCGCAAAGAUCAGCGCCAUCGGCCGACGCUGAUCGGUGGUGUCAAGCCGAACCUGGGACACGGCGAGGCUUCGAGUGGUUUGCUCAGCAUCAUGAAAGCUAGUCUCUCGCUCGAGAGGCGGCAGAUUCCUGCUACCAUCAGCGUAAAGCAGAUUAAUCCCAAGAUUAAAACAGAAGAAUGGGGAGUAGAGAUUGUCACUCGCAUGACGGACUUCCCAUCCGAAUGCAGCCCACGCCGUAUCAGUAUCAAUUCGUUCGGCUUUGGCGGCGCCAACGCUCACGGGAUUCUGGAAGAGCCCGGUCGUCAGACCAACAAAGUAUCUUGUAGACAGGCUAUGCCAAGGAGGGGUGAUUUAACAGGCACUAUGAAUGGCCAGUCUGACAGCCGUAUCAGCAAUGGCAUAAACGGGUUCAACGGACACAAUGUGUCCUCUUCGAUGCCAUAUUUGCUCCCAUUAUCUGCAAACAAGCUAUCAUCUCUGCAGGGGCGAGUUGAGAGACUGUCUAAAGUGGAUUUCUCAGCCGUUUCCAUUGCCGAUCUUGCCUACACUCUCGGCCAACGGCGGUCGCAUCUCGGUCUGCGUGGUUAUGUUAUUGCCCGACAAGCAACCCUUGCUCAAGAUUUCCACGUCGAAAAUUUUACACUAGCCGAUUCAGACAGAAACCUGACGGAUAACAAGUUUGCGUUUGUUUUCACAGGUCAAGGUGCGCAGUGGAAGGGGAUGGCCCGCGAGCUCUUACAUUUCCCAGUCUUCGCAGACACUAUUCGGCAGCUCGAUCAUGAACUAAGCACCUUGGCUUAUGCCCCUGAGUGGAAGAUAUGCGACGUUUUAAUGGAUGAUUCGGAGGACUGUCCAUUGAAUCUGGCAGCCUUCGCACAACCCAUCACCACUGCUGUGCAGAUAGGUCUAGUCAACGUCUUGCGAUCCUGGUCUAUUCUUCCACAGGGCGUCAUUGGACACUCAUCGGGUGAGAUUGCAGCAGGAUAUGCAGCAGGUCUUCUAACAGCUCGCGAGGCUAUUAUCAUAGCGUAUUACAGAGGCUACUCCGUCACAAGCUCAGCGCCUGAAGGUGCAAUGGCUGCUGUGGGGCUGCACUGUGAUGAUGCACAUGAGUGGAUCACUAGGUUUGACUUCAAUGCGAAUCUAAAGGUGGCAUGCAUCAAUUCGCCACAGAGUGUGACAAUAAGUGGGGACAGCGAAUGCAUUGAUACUAUCUUAGCAUCCCUACGGGCUGAAGGUGUGUUUGCUCGUAAGCUGAAGACCGACGGCAAGGCUUAUCACUCCCAUCACAUGGCUGUCAUUGGCACCAUGUAUGAGAAGUUACUGAAGAAGGCUUUGAGCUUUGAGAAGCAAGCUUCCCUUGAUCUCGAACAGCAGGACAUCCACAUGUACUCCACUGUUGUGUGCGAGGAAGUUCAAAGCAAGGCUGUCCGCACAGCAGCGUACUGGCGGGCAAACCUGGAGUCUCCUGUCCGGUUCAGCGAAGGCCUUACAUUCCUGUCUGAGAUGAUGGGCCAGUGUACGUUCGUUGAGCUCGGACCACAUGCGGCCCUAAAAUUGCCCAUCAUGCAGACCCUUGGAAAGUCUACUUCCUACCUUGCCACCCUCAACCGAGGACAGGAUUCUUCAGUAUCGCUACUUAACGUAGUUGGCCAGCUCUUUGUCCAGGGGUUCAAAGUGGACUUCUCAAAGUUUAAUCAUACAUGCACCCAUGACACACCUAGAUUCAUUUAUGACUUACCGACGUAUCCAUGGCACUAUGAAAAACCACCGUGGAAUGAAUCACGGAUUAGCCGCGAAUGGCGCAAUACCACACACCCCAGGCACGAACUCUUAGGAAGAGAGGUGCCUGGCGGAAACAAGACCACGUUUGGAUGGCGGAACCUCCUGCAAGUGGAAAAUGUUCCAUGGCUACGUGACCAUAAGCUUGGCGACACAGUUGUCUUUCCAGCCACCGGAUACCUAUCCAUGGCUGUGGAGGCAUUGAUGCAAAAGGCUUUGCCUGUUGGGGCGGAUGGUGCGGGAAAGUCCGUAGCUCUUCGGCAUGUCGACUUGUUAAAGGCUCUUCCAUUGCCGGAGCAGGGAUCAAUCGAGCUCUAUACGGAGCUUCGUCCACUCGCAAUCUCAAAUAUCAGAGACUCGAAGUUCUGGUGGGAAUUCCAGAUAUCCUCCAUCUCUGACGACGGCCCCACUGUUCGGGCCAAAGGCUCGAUAAGGCUGGAACAAAUAGCUGCGUGCGGUACACAGGUCCCAUCCAGAGAAUGUCGCCUGGCUCCCCAGUCCAGGAAGCUGUGGUAUGAGAGUAUCGCGAAUAGUGGUCUUGCAUUUGGACCAACCUUCCAACACAUGCACGACAUCCACACACCUGAUCCCAAAGGCGUAUUGUAUGCAGAGGCCCGGACACGGACCCUUGCCCCGGCUAUUGAGGGAGCACAGGCCCGCCCCCGGUACCUCAUACAUCCUGUAUUGUUGGACAACCUCUUCCAGGUCGCCCUUAUUGCAUGCACUGGCGGCUUUAUCCACUCGAUGGUUGGUAAAGUACCCACCAGGCUUGGAAGUGUAAGGAUCAGCUUGCCAUCUAGCCCUACUGAUGAAGGGGCAAUUCGCUCUACCUCCAAGGUGACUGGCCAAUCUACCAAUAAAAUCGACAGCGCCUUGUUCGAUGGUCAACAGAAGCUGGUGGCGCAUUUCAAAGAUGUAGACGUCACCGCGUAUAUAGGAACCGAAAGGAUGGAGGUGCGACAUCCCAUAACGCGAGUGACUUGGAAGCCCGACAUUGCUCAAGUACACGAUAGUGCCACUUUCUCAUCAGCACUUGACCAUGUUCUGUGUCAGUCUGAUUUGGGGUCUUUCGGGUCCAAGGCCAACAUGCUGGCAGCCCUUGACUUGAUCGUGCAUAAGAACCCAGACGCGCAUAUCCUAUGCCUCUCGACCGACUUAUCCCUCAUUACGCUGUCAUUUUUGGAGGUCCUUGACGCAUCAAGUAUCUACAGACGUUUCAAUUCAUUCUCCAUUGGGCGCUUAUCCUCGGAUGGGGGACUUGAAGUUGCUGAGGUCCGCAACUUCAUCAUGCCCUUAGGGCUUCGAUCAUUGCAGUAUCGGAUGGCAUCAUCAGGUGACCACUUCGGUUUGGUAAUUCUAGGGGCCGAUAUCGCCGUGGUGGAUAGGCUAGGCUCCCACACUGAUGGCGAGACUAUCUUCCUUGCACCUGAUGUCGACAGCAACCGGAAGCAUGAUACAUUUUCAGUCCUAAGCUCACGAUCGGAAACAGCAAAGAAUGUGCAUAUUCUUCGCCCAGCACCGACAACGAACGGCUCCUCUACUCCAGAUUUCGACAACGUUGUGUUCAUCUGCCGAACACCGAAACAUCCGGCCGAUGACCACCUGGCUGGUCAUUUGAGUGAUGAUCUAGGCGUGCCUAUUAAGCCAGUCGCUUUAACAGACCUAGCAGACUCGCCAAUUCCUCCCAAUUCAUUGGUAAUCUCUACAGCUGAGCUGGAAAGGUCCGUCCUUGCUGGGGCAGUCCCACAGGGGGAGUUUGAUGGUUUCAAACAGAUGAUUGAACACGCAGCAUGGAUUGUCUGGAUUACGGGGUCUGGAGUACAUGAGGAAUCUAAUCCAACACUUUCCCUGUUCGCGGGCUUUGCUCGAGCUGUGGUGAUUGAACAACCCUCGACUAAGAUCUUCUCACUCGAGUUGGAUCCAAAAACAGAUGCCGCAGGGAUUUCACGGCACGUAACAAAGAUAGUUCAAAAUGGGAAGAAUGCGAUCAAUGAUUGCGAGUAUAUUGACAAUGGUUCUCAUCUCCUGAUCAGUCGCAUAGUUCCCGACGAGCGCAUGAACAGAGAAUUCCGUACACGACAAAACGGGCUCGCAUCUCCUAUGCCACUCGGAAGUGUUGGAAAUGCUGCUUUGUCUGUGCGAAAACCUGGCCAGCUGAGCACGACACAGUUUGUUAAACGGCCUUACCCAAGCCUUUCGACUUUGGCCGCUGAUGAGGUGGUCGUUAAGGUCUCUUGUGUUGGUCUUAAUGCCAAAGAUGUUAACGCACUCUCAGGUCAUGUCCAGACUACAGAUGCACGGUGUAGCUUGGAAUGCACAGGUCACAUUGUUGCUAUGGGCUCUGACGUGCGCGACCUUAAUAUCGGGGACAAAGUGGCUGUCAUGUAUCCUGGUUACUUCGGCACAUACGAGACCGUUCCAGCCUGGAGUUGUGUUCAGCUUCGCGAUGACGAGGAUCUGCGCACCAUGGCAUCUGUCAUGAUGGUCUUCUCGACGGCCAUGUAUGCCCUUUACCACCGAGCCAAUCUCCAACCCGGGGAAACGAUCCUCAUCCACUCCGCCGCAGGAGGUGUUGGUAUUGCCACAAUACAACUAGCCAAACUGAUAGGCGCUGAGAUCUUCGCGACCGUCGGGACGGAGGAGAAAAAAAAAUAUUUAAUCGAGCACUUCGGACUCACCCCCGACCAUAUAUUCAACUCCCGCGACUCGAGCUUUGCGUCGAGCAUCAAGUCCAUCACAAAUGGACGCGGAGUCGACGUCAUCCUAAACUCGCUACUGGGCGAACUCCUGCACGAAAGCUGGGAUUGUCUGGCAGAUUUCGGCCGCUUUGUUGAAAUCGGUAAACGGGACCUUCUUGACCAGGGCCGUCUCAAUAUGGAAAUGUUCUCCCGCGGAACAACCUUCACGGCCUUUGAUAUGAGCAUGCUAGCCGAAUCGACAUCUCCAGCACAGCACCGGGUUUAUAAGGGUCUAGUGACUCGCGUCAUCUCGCUCUUGCGAAGUGGGGAUAUCCAUCCUAUUGAGCCACUAUCCGUAUUCAACGUUUCAGACAUAGUACAGGCUUUUAACCACUUCAACAACGCAAAGCGCAUGGGUAAGAUUGUUAUAUCCUUCGAGGACCAGACCCAGAUGAUACCAGUCGUGCAUGAGAAGUUCUCAACGCAGCUAGAUCCCCAUAAGAGCUACCUGCUCGUUGGAUGCCUCGGCGGUCUAGGCCGCAGCGUAUCAAAAUGGAUGAUGAGCAGAGGCGCACGCAAAUUCAUCUUCCUCGGGCGCUCAGGAAUCCAGAAACCAGCCGCCAAGCGUCUGAUUGAAGAACUAGAGGAACGCGGCGCACAAUGCACCGUCAUCAAAGGUGACAUCACAAACUACACAGACGUCCACGAAGCGGUCGCAGCCGCACCAACACCCCUCGGAGGUGUCAUCCAAGCAGCGAUGGGGCUCAACGAAGCCAUCUUCAAACACAUGCCACGGGAAUACUGGCUCAACGGCACCGAAGCCAAAGUCCAAGGAACAUGGAAUCUCCACAACGCUCUCUCCGCCCUAGACAAAGAGAAGGAACUCGACUUCUUCGUUUUAACCAGCUCCAUAUCCGGGAAACUAGGCACAGCGACCGAAAGCAACUACUGCGCGGCCAACAACUUCCUGGACGCAUUUGCGCGGUACCGGCGUGGACUAGGCUUGAAAGCCGUCUCCCUUGGUUUAGGAAUGGUCUCCGAGGUCGGGUAUUUGCACGAGCAUCCGGAGAUCGAGGACUUGCUUCUCCGUAAGGGUAUCCGGCCUCUCACAGAAGACGAACUAGUUCAGAUCUUUGACUUUGGGCUCACUCAUCCUCCUACUUCGCUUCAUCCCAAUGAUCUCAUGCCUCAGUCACAUAUUCUGACGGGGCUGGAGGAUACGGGUCUACAGGGUCACCGCAAGCAGGGCUAUGAGGGGUACUGGCAGUUUCUGAGCGAUGCGCGGUUCGAUGUGUUGACGUGUGCGCUCAGGCGUAAUGCGGGGAAGUCUGCUCAGGGAAAUAGCACGCAAGCGUCGGUUAUCCAGGAGGCGAUUACCUCGAAUGACAGAGAGCAACUCAUGGAUGCGGUGAAGGUUGUUCUGGUGAAGAAACUUUCUAAUAUCAUCCUGACACCGGUGGAUAAGAUUGAUGUCAAGCAGCCUUUACUGGAUUUUGGGAUGGAUAGUAUGUUGGCGGCAGAGCUCCGCCAGUAUAUCUUUGGUGCCAUGGGGGUAGAUGUGCCAUUCUUGGAUCUGAUGGAUAAGAAAACGAGUAUAUGCGGACUGGCAACCGUGGUCGCAGACAAAUUGACGAUUACUAGCAGUGACUAG